AACUUUUAGGCAUAGAGGGGCCACUACUAGCAGUAGUUCUCCCUCCAAAAGUCCUUAUCGACGCCGUACUUUUAGGCGUAGAGGGGCCACUACUAGCGGUAGUUCUCGCUCUAACAGCCCUCGUCGACACAGCAGCUCUGAAGGUCGAAGGGGAAAACUGAGCAACAGGACACAAUCAUUUCACGGUCCCAGGCACAGUCGCAGAAUUUAGAACUUUAUGUUUCCAUCAGGUCUCGGUCUAGAUCUACAUCUCCACGGCACAACCGCCGUAUUUUCUCCGACUAUCAGAGACGUUCAAGUGAUUGGGAGAGGCGUCUUUCACCAAAAAGAAGGUUUAAGACUCUUGGUUUACCAAGACGGAGCUCUAAUAUACCAUCAUCUCCAAGGACAAAUAUUGAGCAACUACGGUCGCCAAGGAUGGGCCAGGAGCAACUCUCACGUACGACUAGAGAGCGAGAACAUGGUGAUGAAAAACGGCAGUCAAGCAGGAGCCCCAAUCGAUGGUUGUCUCCCAGAAGUGAGGAGAGAAAGGGGCCACGAGGAAGGAGUCAUGAACGUUGUCGGUCACCAAGAAGGAGCAGUGCGCAACAGUUGUCUCCAACAAGACCAGUAAGGACAGAUAAGCAACAGUCCUUAUGUCAUGACAAACAAAGUUCACCGCAGAAGAAUCACAAGGCACAGUCAUCGCCAAGAGGAAGUGAUGGGAAGCAGUGCUUAUCCGAGAAGCGUGAGGAGCGCUCUUCAGUAAGUGGAAGCCAUAGGCGACAGCUGUUCCUGGUGGAAUCUCCGAAAAAGAAGCCAUGCAGUGAACAAAUUCUAACAAAGCAACUCAUGAAUUCAGCUUCUUCUGUGCCAGAGCAGCUAAACACUGCCAAUGUGUUCAAGCCUGUAGCUCAUACUGUUGUACUGGCUGAGCAAGCUAAAAAACGGCCAUCUUCAUCAUCACAAACAUCAUCAAUGACCAACAAAAUGGAGGCUUCCACAUCAUCAAGAGGCAGCAGCCAAACAUCUGUUUCCUCGUCAUCUUCCUUCAACCCAACAAAGUUAAAGUUGGACACAAAUUUGAAUCUGGUGCAACCUAACCUUCCAAGGAGUGAGGAACAUUCUACGACUAUAUCCAAGCCUCCAUUUGCUCAUCACAGUAAACCGUCACCUCCAACCAUGUUGAGGCUCAGAGGCAAUUUUGAUACUCUCUCCCAUGGUGAUGUGAUCGCAGCCAUGGAGUCCUUUGGAAAAACCAAAUCCCUCUUACUGUUUAAGUCUAAACAAGAGGCGACUGUGUGUUUUGAAAAAGAGGAAGAUGCUGCCAAGCUUAAAGGUUUAAAAAGCCUUGAGAUAAAAGGAGUUUCCCUCACAUUUGUUGCAAAGCAGGACGGAAUUUCAGAGGCCUCUUUAUCUGCGUCUCCAGAGGAUCAGAAAAAUCUUAGUCCAGAAACGCCCGCUGUGCCCCGUCAGUCUGCUUCUGCUAGAAACUUGGUUCUCCUGCCACUUAAAAAGCUUUUGUCUAUCCAAAUAAGGUCCAAAAAGAGCACAGCAGUCAAGCUUGUGAAAAAAGCCAAAGUCUUGGCUUCCAAAGGAAAGUGUGUCUCCAAGAAGCAGGUGGUUCAAACUGUGAAAACAGUCAACGUGGCAGCAAAACGGUCUGUAAAAUCAGCUAAAGACAAGAAAGAAGCUCCAAAGCCCGACAAGAUACCCAGUCCCAGUAACAGUGGACAAAAAUCAAAAGGCAGGGAUCACAUCCCGACUGCAACAAAACCAAGGCUGAAAGAAAAUAAUGACUCCUCUGUGGGUAAAGUGAUAAAAGUAUCAAACAAAAUCCUACAGGGUGAAAAUCUUCCACCCAGCAGCAAAAAAAUGGAAGUAGUUGAAGCAAAACCAUCUGAGUCUGACAAACAGGCCAAAAUCUCAACAACAAGCCUUCAAGAGUUUGUUGCACCUGAACAAUCUGAAACAACAAAACAAACCCAAGUUAACAUAGUUAGUAGUGAGACGGAAAAUGUGGAAAAUGCUGAGUUGGGAACAAGUGGAGCGCCGGAGCCAAUAAAAAUGGAAGAACCGAAAGAGCCAAAACCUGAAGAACCACCAAAAGCUGGGACUGCAGCAGGUGAAUUUUCAACCGGUUUGCCUCUGAAACGAAUGGCCAGUGAAAAUCCAGAGACUUCUGUCCAAAUAAAAACUUUGUCGAAUCCAGAGUCGACUGCACAGAAUCUGAAGUCCAACGAAAAGCAGACAGAACCGCAGACUGCAGGAAGCUCUGCUGAAGCUCCAAUCGAAACAAAUCAAACGGAAGCCGCAAAGCCACCUAGUCCAACCAUUGAAACCACAGCAGAAGAGCGUGAGAAGCAGCUGACUGUUGGGGAGAGGAUUGUCCCCGAUUACCUGAAUCAACUGAACCUAAACAGCAAAGAUUACGUUCUGGCGUCGAGCAUCCUGGGGUCCAGGCCGUUAAGCUUCGUUUACCCAAAGCUGCUGCUGAUCACCAACCUGCCCUCGUAUGACAGCUGCAGCUACGCUGAGGAGGACGUUGUGGAUCUGCUCUCUACAUUUGGAUUUCAAUACUCAGAUGACAGGAUCUUCAUCUUUCCUCAAGGCUGCAUGGCUUUUGUGCUGAUGCCCACUGAGGAGUCAUUGACGGAUCUGCUUAAGGCGUCGGAAGAAAACCGCCUCAUCUUCAAACAACACAAACUUUGUUUGUAUGUCGUGAAAAAAGAAAUUUCAAUGACACUGCCUGGCUUUUAUGAAUCGAUCAUGGAGCUAGCAUCUUUCAGUGUCGAGGUGUCGAAUGUGAUCUUCAUCAACAACAUUUCCCCGAGCGACGCCAUCACUGUCAGAGAGGCUUUGAGGAAGAUUGGCGGCGUCAGAAACAUCCUGCCUCUGCUCAACAAGGUUUUCAUUGAAUUCAAAUCCGUUUAUAACGGCGAUCGCUUCGGAGUUUGGUACAGCCUCCUGAAGGAGGGCUUUACUCACACGAUUAAACGCCUGACUGUUCCUGUGAGCUCCAAGGAAUCGCAACCACCAUUACUGCCACUGAAAGCCCUUCCAGACCAAGAUGUUAUCAUUGUUGGGGCAGAAACACCAAAAUUGCAGUAUGGCAUCCCUGUAGGCACAUGUUCGCCGUUUUGGGUGACCAUGACAACGCAGCCCUAUGUUUUCCUAACUGCCUUUCCUUGGUUUAACAUCCCAAAUUUUCUGACAAUCCACUGGAACCAAGGCUUUUCGGUAAUUACCCACCCAGCCUCUGUGUUCUGCACCGUAAUGCUGACGGGUUUACCAGAGGGAAACUACAAACACGAAGACAUCGCCAAUCUGGUGUGGCCGUAUUUCCCCAAGCAGAACCUUCAGACUCUCUGUUACAACAUCGUGGUCCUCCCACUGCAGAGGAGGGCCUUUGUGUUUUUCUGCGACUGGGAGGCGUUCAGCAACUUCAUCCUGAAUAUCCGCCAAAAGCCAUUACGUGUGAAGAAGUCGCCUGUGUUCCUCCACUUGGUCAUGCAGGGCAUUCGACCUGGAAACACCGAGGAAAUGAUGUACAAAACGAUGAUGCGAUGGAGCAACGUGCCUGUUGCGGAUCCGGACUCCCUUGAGGAGCGGCUGCUGUGUGUGGAGAUCACUGAACUGCACCUGUGGCUCAUCCGGGACAUAAUGAAGGAAGUGGCUUCCAUCGCCAGCUUUGUCAAUUUCCUGCCGCUCGGUAACCGGAUUUGCGUUGAGAUGCUCGACUCCACUGGCGUGAAGAAGGUGGUGGAGGAAUUCGCCUCUAGAAAGGAUUUAUCAACACACAAGAUCUGGAGCAGAGUUGGACAUGUUGAGUCUUCGAAGGACUUCCGGAGGCGUCUGCAGUGCUGUAAGAUGACGACCUGUGAACUUCGUCGUCUCUAUAAGGCGUCUGCUAAAAUAACUUCGUCAGUUUCCAAACCUGGAGCAAAAGUUCCUGUGAGUGAACAGAAAACUCAGACAGAAGCUCCUCCAGCAGCCGCCGGCGUCGUUUCCCCCACCCUGACUGGAGCGUCCAAACAGCGGCCUGCUGCUUCUUCCUCCUUUCCCUCCUCUUCCUCAGCUACGGAUCGCUCCCUGACCGUCGGAGAGAGGCUGGAACAUCUGCUGCUGCCACAAAAAAUUAGCUGCCUUGAUGAAAACGCUGUCAAAUCACCAAAAUCUAAUUCAGUUUACACAAGGCUGCUGUUAAUAACAAACCUGCCAAAAUAUCACGACGGCUGCUACACUGACAGCGACAUCGCAGAUCUGCUCGGAUUUCAAUGCACGGGAAGAAACAUCUACGUGAUUCCUCAGGCAUGCAUGGCUUUCGUGCUCAUGCCCAAUCAUCAAGCUGCGCAAGAAGCUUCCCAAAGAGAAUCCUUAACUCUAAACGGACAGAAACUCUGCGUCCGGAUUGUCGUCAGCAAGAUUUUUAUGGCUCCAUUUGAAUUUUAUAAAUCUCUGAUGGACCUGGUCGGAUUUCCAGUCACUGACGAUGGAACCAGAACCAUCUACAUCAAGAACAUCUCACCGAGUGAGACCCGGGACCUCAGGGAGACGCUGCGAAAAAUCAGACAUGUUACAAACUACCUUCCUCUGCUCAACAAGGUGUUUAUAGAGUUCGAGUCCGGCCGCGAUGCUGAUCGGAUCGGAGUUUGGUACAGCCUCCUGAAGCGCUGCCCUGCUCAUAACGUCUACAGGAUGAAACUGCCCCGAAGCACCAGCACAUCUCUGCCACCCAAGAUGGCUCCAAACGCUCUGCCAGAUGCCAACAUCGUCAACGGGGUGGUUGCCCCGGCAACAAGCUGCGGUGUUCCACAGGGCAGCUCGCCACCAUUUUCAGUUACCUUGACAACCGCGCCUUAUGUCUUCCCGACCGAGUCUCCUUGGUUCAUCAUCCCAAAUUUUACAACAAUCACAACCAAGAAGAACUUGUGGACACCUGCCAGUAAGGGCCCUGGGGCCUCCGUCAUCAUGCUGACGGGUUUACCUGAAGGAAACUACAAACACGAAGACGUCGCCAAGCUGGUGUGGAAAUAUUUCCCCAAGCAGAACCUUCGGACCCUCUACUACAACAUCGUGGUCCUCCCUCUGCAGAGGAGGGCUUUUGUUUUCUUCACCGACUGGACGUCGUGCUACAGUUUUGUUGAAGAUUUCUUCAAAAGUCCGGCUUCCAUCAAGGACUCCAAGUUGUUCAUCCACCAGGUUUUACAGGAAAUGCUUUCUGGCCACACUGAGGGGGUCAUGUACAGAAAUAUGAUGAAAUGGAGCAACGCUCACGUUCCGGAGCUCGAGGGUCUGGAGGAGCGGCUGGUCGUCGUGGUGAUGGCCGACAUUUCUGUGUACCUCAUCAUCCAAGUCUUGAAGAAGGUGGAGUCCAUCGCGCCGAUCGUCAGCUUUCUGCCGCUCGCCAAACGGAUUUGCAUUGAGAUGAAAGAUUCAAGCAGCGUCACUAAAGUGCUGGAGAAUACUGAUAAAGAUUGGCCAAACAUCCAAAGCCUUGAAUCAGUGAAGAGCCUGAAGCAGCAUCUCGACGAAUCCGCUAAGACCACAGUAAACCUGGACCUGGACGGCGAACAUGUUGGGACUAAAACUCCAGCUGUAAACAGUGAAGCACGGCUUCCUAUUGCUGCUGCUUCUGUUGGAAAGACACAGCCUGGAGUCCAAGGACAUGUCGGAUAUUCUGCAGAAACGCCCGGUGUUUUCUCAGCAGACAAAGAAAACGUAUCGUCAGAAACGAAAGCGCCUCAAACCUGUGAGGAGGCUGUGGCUGAAACGGAAGCUAAUAUGGAAGAAAAGGCAGAAAAAGCUGAGGCAGAGAACAAAAACAUGGCCUCCAGAUGUACCGCUUCAGAAAAACAAAUUGAUAUCUCUGAAAAGCUUCGAGAAUCUGCAGAAAAGACGAUGGAAACGAGAAGUGAAACAGUGACUGAAAAGAAGGAAGCGGCAGAAGCAGUUAAAGACGAUCGGCCACAAGUUACUGACGAUGCUAAACCAGCAGAGCUGAAGGAGACGGACCAAACGGAGGAGAACGAGGUCAAAGGUGCUGGUGAAGCCAAAGAAGUGAAACCUGGCGAAAAUCCGCCAUUAACAGAGAAAACAACAAACAAUGAAACUUUGACUGGUCCGUCUCAGACCACAGUAAAAACCCAGCAACAGAAAGCAGAAACCUCAGGCUGGCUCUCUGCGCGCAGCUCUCCAACAUUGCGUUCUCUCUCAACGAUUCUGGUGAUCCAGAACCUGCCGGAGUUUGGUGACGGCUGCUACACAGAAGCUGAAGUCAUCGCUCUGCUCCAGACGUUUGGCAUUCGGUGUAACGAUGACAAAAUUUUCAUCCUUCCUCCGUCUCAUAUAGCGUUUGUUGUGUUUCCAGAUUUAGAGGCGGUGCAAAAACUGACGUCAUCGAAGGAGGACAUCCUCUUCAAAGGGUCCAAGCUCAAAUUCGGUGUCAUUAAACGCAAAGAACCAUCGAAUUUAUUUGGCGUUUAUAAAUUCUUGAGGAGUUUCACCAGAUUUCAUCUGCAGAAAAACUGCAUUUGGACAGAAGUGGUUUACAUCCAGAACAUCUCAGUAAAUGAAGUCAAAGAUCUCAGAGAAAAGUUGCAAGAGAUUGGGAAUGUCGCAAACUACCUGCCGCUGCUCAACAAGGUUUUUGUUGAAUUUCAAAGUUUUUUUGAUGCUGAUCGGAUCGGAGUUUGGCACAGCUUCCUGAAGGAUCGGCGCUCCUACAAAAUAUACAGGCUGGGGCUGCCGGUGUCAACCUACAAAUCACAGCCACCAAUACGUGCAAAACAGGCAUUGCCAGACGAGAGCCUUUGUGUGGCGAACGCAGCCGUCCCAAAACCAAAAGCAAUCAUCCCUAUUGGUUCUGGGGCACCAUUUUGGGUUACCAUGACAACUAGACCUUUUUUGUUCCCUACUGCAUCACCUUGGUUCAACGUCCCAGCUUUUUGGGAAAAGUCUACAAUGAAAGGGAUAAAGAAAUGUAUGUCGAAAGGUUCCAAGGAGCCCAAAGUCAUGUUGACCGGUUUGUCAAAUGAAACCUACACACACAAGAACGUAGCGGCGCUGGUGUGGAAAUACUUUGAUGUGCAGAAUCGUCACGCACUCUUCUACAAUGUGAUGGUUUUACCGCUACAGAAGAGGGCGUUCGUCUGCUUUCAGAGCUGGCGUGCUUGCUUCACCUUUUUUGAAGAUCACUUCGUAAAGCCAAUUACCUUCAAAGGCUCCACUGUCUACGCCUAUUUGUUGCGGAGCGAUCUCCCCAUUCCAGAUGACGAGGUGACCUUGUACAAAACUCUGAUGAAACGGAGCAACACACCUGUCCCAGAACCAGAGGGCUUGGAGGAGCGGCUGCUCUGCAUUGAGGUUUCAGUGUUUGACAAGUGCAUCGUCAUGACGGUCAUGAAUGAGGUGGCGAACAUCGCUACGUUUACCAACUUCCUGCCGCUCGCUGACCGGAUUUACAUUGAGAUGACAACAUCCAGCGGAGUAACAAAGGUGGUGGAGAACUUGCUGCUACCAAAAUUGUGUGAAACAUGUGACAGUUGGAAGCAAGUUGGACCCAUUGAGCCUGUAAAGAGCAGGAAACUUCGCCUUCUGGGUUACCAAGACAUCCCAGUACACCUGGAACUGGACCCAGAGGAAAACCACACCGAGCCCAGUGCUGUGAAAACUCCAGAACCGCCUCUUGAUAAGAAGACGACACUCUCCAGAACCCCAGGUUCUGCCGAGCCCGUUCCCUCUGCUGAACCUGCCGCAGGAUCAGGUGAUGCAGCGACUCAGGAGAAACGUGAAGCCAAGAAAACGACCGACUCCGCAGCUGCUGUGCCCGACGUGGAGAAGGCAUUCGGAAAAGAAGCAGAUUCAACAAACUGCUCUGAGCCGGAAACCACAAGUCUGGACCAGUCAAAGGAGGAAAAUGAAGAGCUUCCUAAAAUGGAUAUGAAGAGUUUUAAUGUGAUUAAAUCUCUGGUUCUUCAGUUCAAACUCCAACAAAGAAGCUCCACACAAAGACAACAGAGUCCUGAAAAGAGCAGCGAGGAGCAGAGCUCAGACGAGACCUCGACGCCGUCCGCUAAAAACAAGCGCUCACCACCUUCAUCACCUUCAUCCAAAUCUAAAAAAAUCAGACUUUCACCCAAACCCUCUACUUCUUCAGAUUCAGAGACUCGGGGAGUUCUUUCAGCAUCUCCAGAUGUCAGGAUGUCACAGGAAGAAGAGAGUGCAAUGGUCAAAUCUGACCGUAAGGAGGGAAAAGCAGAACCAGAGACCUCACCAGAUGGAGCAAACUUUGACUUAACCAACCAAAACCAGAGUCCAGAGGCAAUUUCUGCAGAUAAAACACUCGGAGAGAUGACCAAAAGGGAGACACAAAAAGAUGAAAAUGGCAAAAGCAAAGAGGACAGGGUAGAUGAAAGUUAUGAAGAAACAAAUAAAGAAUCUGAGAUUAGUCACAACGUAGAUCAGGAAGGCAUUGAGGGUAAAGAGACGAACUGUGAUAAGGAGAGCGCCACUGAUGACCUUGAAGCUUCUGAGAAAGACGAACAUCAGAAGGUCGAAGACGCAGGUUUGACUGUAAAACCGAACAAAAAAACCAGCGUUUCUGUGUCUGAAGAGAGAGAAAAUUCACCAGAUAAACCAUCUGAAACUCAAACAAAGGACAGCAGUGGAGAGACAGAUAUGGGGAAAGAAGAUAAAGACUCAGUUGAGGAUCAAUCUGUCACUUACACCUCAGCUAGAAGAUCUAUUAAAACUAUAAAACAAGAUAAAGUAGAUGCUAAUGAACCAACUGUCACAACAAGAUCUACCAGAGAAAAGAAAAUAACUGCAGUAGAAGGAAAAGAAGACCAAACUCCAACAAGAAGAAGGAACGAUGCCCACGAUUCACAGGAACAAACCAACAGUGAAGAAACAUCUUCUGGAGAUGUCUCACCAAUAACCCGUGAGCUGGAGCCAUCAUCAGAAAUCUCAGCCAGCGUCACAGACACUGAAGACCAGGAACAAGAAGCCACAACCACCAGGAGGCGCAAUCGAGCCAAGAACACGGCAGGGACGACUCCUGUGAGGAAAUCCACCAGAGGGAUGAAGUCUGAAUCUCCUGGUGGGCAGGAGGACAGAAAAGAAGACGCUAAAGUCCCUAGUAAACGGAAGAUGGAGAUUUCCGGACCUGAAUCAAAGAAAUCUUGUGUCGACUCAAACAUCAAACUUCCUCCAUUCAACCCUAAUGAACCUUUAGGGAAGGAGUUUGUGAGCCGUAAGUGGGGGUAUUUCUGUAACCUGUGUUGUGUUUCCUACCUGAAGGGGGACCAGCACUGCAAAACCCAAACCCACUACGACAACCUGCAGAGAUACUACCAGAAGCGGGAGAAGCUGAAGCCUUCAACAAUACUGAACCAAACCUGAGGGAUAUCUUCCUGUUUGAUCGGCUUGUUGGUUUUUGAUGAAGAAUGUGAAGCUGUUACUGCUGAUGCUGUUAUUACUUGAACAUUUUGUUUGCAUUCUCUGUGUUUUACUGAAACACCUUUUCUUAGUAUUUUUAAUGGUUGUCAGAGUUAAUAUAAGCAGUAAUUUUCAAAUUGGUUAACUGUAGAUAACAGAAGGAUUUUGUAAUAUUUUAAAGUAAUUUUGAAGCAUUGCUCUGGAUUAUCUAAAAGUUAUUUUGAGGUAAAAGGACAUUUCUGACAGGAUUACUAUUUUUUUGUAAGAAAAUAAUGUCUUUUGGGGAGAUAUGUUUUCCCCUUUUUCUUUGUCAUGAUGAACAUUUUCUGGUUAAAUCCAGAGUUCUAUAAGUAAAAUAAAAUAUAAUUUUGCAAUAAAACUCAA